AUGUCUCGCGAGUUUAUUCCAGCACUCCCUCACUGCCAUUCCCACCCGCGGUCCAUCCAGCAGUUCUCGAGAUUCGCCCGGAUCACCCGCUCCGACCCCAAAGUCUUGAACCACGCAGUCUUCACGCACCCUAUCGGUUUCGGGAACGCCAAUGACCGCAAGGACUGGCGCGUGGCCAGUGGGUUCCUCAACGACAGACAUGCCACCUUCAUGGAGUUCUACACGCACGCCAUGGAAAUGAUCAAAAACGAGGGCAAAACAACUGUUUUCGGCGUCGUCACCUACUGGAAUGACCCUAUGGAGGAUUUCAUCAAACCUUUCCACAAGGCCAGGAAGCCCAACGGAAAACCAUGGAAUAAGCGUUCUUGGUACUGGAGCGAUAACUGCAAGCGCCACGGCCUCGGCAUCGCCGUUUGCAAGAUGCCCAAGGGCCAACCCGGCUUCCGCGUCAUCAUGUACGACAUGGAUCACAACGAACUGGCAUCACACACCUUGGAACCCAACACGGGCGAUGAGGACCGCGACCGCCUCAUCAGAGACAAGCGUAACUGGCGCACCAUUCUCAGCUCCUUCGCCGAUUAUGCCAUGAAGGACGACUUGAUUGAGUUCUGGCAGGCCGGCAACCCCCAGCUGCUCACCAGGAGCCACGAGAUCUCCGGAAGCGACCCCGACUCGGUUUCAAGCUCUUGCGCUUGGCUGUGGGACAUGGUCAAAGGACUCGGCCCCAGCGUUGAUGCCGAUGACGAGGAGAUGAUCAAAUGGGGUUACCACAAGCCGGCAAUGAUAGUGGUGGUCAAUGACGCAGUCGACAACAACAAGGAAGACUCAGACGAGGAGGACUCUGACGAGGAUGAGGAGACGGACGAGGACGAGGAGAUGGAGGAGGACGAGGAGAUGGAGGAGGACGAGAAGAUAAAAGAGGAGACUGACCUCGCUUAA